AUGCCCAGCAACAGCCUCCGUUCCAAAUCUGUUGCCUACUUCAAUGUCUCCGGUCCUGUCCCUCUGGCACGAAUUGCUGGCAGUAAAGCGUAUGAGUCUUACAUGCUCAGCACGCUGCCGGCGUCCUCUGCUUCAAUUGUAUACAAUACACAAGCACCCAAAGAAAUUUUACUCACGGCACUGUCUGAAAUCCGAGACGAAUGCGAGCGGAAUAUUGGCGAGGCGUUGCGCAUUAGUAUCCCAUGGCACUUCUCCAGCAACACCCCGGCUUUCGAAGCCGUGUUCAGCGCGGCGCAAGAGCUUGACCCCGAUCUCAAUCACCCCGUCCGAUUCCGCCCGGCUUAUUACGGCGCUUUGUUGUCCUUCCCACCCAGCUACUGCCUAAAGAAAUGGGGAUCGAGGGGGGACGCCUGA